GUGGAAACAAGCGGAUGUCGAGGAAAGCCACACAAAACACAAAAGACGGAGGUGACAACCCUUGCGAGAAAGAUCUUCAUCUUGGCCAACAUUGGAGCCACUGAUAUUUGGUUGCUUAUAUUAGACUACAUGUACCUGAUUGGGCUUGCAAGACUCUGAAGAGCAAGAUUCCUAUACGAAUAGGCACCAUAUUUGGCUCUUGGAAGAGGUACACAUUUUUUUUGUCGCUCUCGAGCAACCCAUUUCGAAAAUGACUUAUCCCAAGGCUACCGUGAUGGCUGCCCUCAUCCUGGCAUGUUCUGCCGUACAAGGAUUCCAGCCCAUUGCACCUAAUAAUGCUCGGAUGACCGUGUCGACGCCGUCUGCUUUUGGAUUGACACCCAAUGACGAUCACUACCGCCGGCAGUUGCCUCUCACAAUUCUAUUUGGGAAGAAGGCUGCCCGCAAGAACAAGGGCGGAGGCGGGAAAGGUGGAGGCGGAAAAGGCGGCGGUGGGAAAGGUGGAGGCGGCAAGGGACAACCCCGUCAAGAAAAACAAUCCGUUCAAGAUCAGCGCUUUGAUGCUGCGACUCGACAAUUCAUGUUUACCAUGGUUGGAUUGACGAAAAUGCUACCCGACAAGUCCAAGAAUAUUCUGAAGAAUAUCAACCUUUCCUUUUAUCCAGGUGCAAAGAUUGGAGUGGUUGGUCUGAACGGGAGUGGAAAGUCAACUCUUCUCAAAAUCAUGGCCGGUAUAGACAAAGAAUUUGAUGGUACGGCUCGUCCCUUACCAGGUGCAUCCAUUGGAUACCUAUCUCAGGAGCCAGAACUAGAAUUUGAAACCGUCCAAGAAUGCGUCGACGAUGCCGUCAAGUCAUCUCAAGCUGUUCUUGACGAGUACAAUGAACAAUCUCUCAAGCUGGCCGAUCCCAAUAUCGAUGACGAGGCAAUGAAUGCCGCAAUGGCUCGCAUGGAAAAACUCAACGAUCAGAUUGAAGCCGGUGACCUAUGGGAUCUGGAUCGGGUCGUGUCCAGAGCCAUGGAUGCUCUCCGAGUUCCGCCAGGAGAUGCCAAAACUGCCGUGCUGAGUGGAGGAGAAAAGCGCCGAGUGGCGCUUUGUCGGUUGCUGUUGUCCAAUCAUGAUAUGUUGUUGCUGGACGAACCCACCAAUCAUCUCGAUGCUGAAUCGAUUCAAUGGUUGGAAAUGUUCUUGGCACAGUUCAAAGGAACUGUGGUGUGCAUCACUCACGACAGAUACUUCUUGGAGAAUGUUGCGGAGUGGAUUUUGGAAUUGGAUCGCGGAGAAGGUAUCCCUCACAAGGGCAACUACUCCAGUUGGUUGGAAGCCAAGAACAAACGGCUCGCCGAAGAAAAGAAGGAAUCUACUGCUGCUGCCAAGGCUGUUGCUGCCGAAUUGGAAUGGAUUCGGUCAAAUCCCAAAGCCAAGGGAAACAAGAGCAAGGCACGCCUCAACCGAUACGACGAGCUAUUGGCUGCUGCGGCACCCCAAGAAUUACGCAAUGCUGGACAAAUCUACAUUCCUCCUGGACCCAGAUUGGGAGAUAAGGUCGUGGACAUACAAAAUCUGCGCAAAUCCUUUGAUGACCGCCUGCUGAUUGAUGACUUGAGCUUUGAAAUGCCCAAGGCGGGCAUUGUGGGCGUCAUUGGACCCAAUGGAGCCGGCAAAUCAACCUUGAUCAAGAUGCUUUUGGGCAAAGAGUCUGCGGACAGUGGUGUCAUCGACAUUGGUGACUCCGUCAAAAUUGUCUCGGUGGGUCAAGAGAGAAUGGAUGAACUUCAGGCGGACAAAACAGUUUUUGAUGAAAUCAGUGGAGGCCUAGAAGAGUUGGAAUUAGGCACCGCAUCAAUCCUGUCCCGCGCCUACCUCAGUUGGUUUGGUUUCAAGGGAGGACAACAGCAAGCCAUGGUUGGUAAUUUGAGUGGUGGAGAACGGAACCGGGUCCAGUUGGCAAAGAUUCUAAAGGCCGGUGGUAACUUUAUCAUCUUAGAUGAGCCGUCGAAUGAUCUAGAUGUGGAAGUGUUGCGGGCACUAGAGGAAGCUUUGUUGCAUUUUGCUGGAUGUGCCAUGGUGGUUUCUCACGAUCGAUACUUCCUGGAUCGGGUAGCAACACAUAUACUAGCUUGCGAGGGAGACAGCAAAUGGUUCUUCUUCCCCGGUAAUUAUCAGGAGUACGAAGAAAAUCGGUUGCAGCGUUUAGGGCAGACCAGCAUCAAGCGCAUUACCUACGCACCAUUGAUCAAUGCCUAGGUUUAAGAGAGUUGGGCAAGCUAGACUAAACUGAUAAUGUCGGAUCAGAGAGUCUCCUUUUCAGACGCAGUUGUUGUAGCACUCCUAAUAUGACACUGGGAUAGGGAGGGAAACACUGGUAGCAACUCUAAGCAAAACUGAUCGGCCGAGAGACAGACAGCGUUUCUCCUUCCUUUCCUUUACACACCAUCUUGGUCCGACUCGAAUCGGGUGGGAGAGAGCUGUAUCAAGCUCGUCGCAUACGCACCAGCGACAGGGUGUAGCGAAAUGAGAUACGUAUGAUUCAGAGUGGAAGCGAAACUAAACGGAAAAACUUGCCAAACCUACAUCAUCUAUUUACACAUUUUGCCUAGUGCUUGUGCAAGACUACCACCUUUCCGUAGCUCCUCUGUACAAACACUUGCUAGCAACUAGCUACAUCACCUCACCUACGUACUCCAGCAGCCGUCGCAGCAGGCUUGGAGGGCACAAGGAGGCGGUGCGUGGUGGUAGCAAUGCGUUCCUUGACCAUCAUGAGGAGGGCACUCUUGAGGACCGUAUGCAACAGUUGCACGGAACAUCCCUUGUACCAUCCCUUGACCAUCCCAUUCGAUCGAUAGCUCUCGAUCAAAGUUGCCAGCAUACUGCUACGGUGGGUGACCAUGAUCAUCACCUUGGCUCGAAUGAGUGGGUAGGUGGCCAUGGUGGCACAAAACUUGGCAAACAAUCCAAGUAAGAAGGCUUCCGUCAUGGACAAGUUGGACUUGGUUGUGCGUCGCAAUAGAUUUGAUUUGGCCAUGUCAAAUACCGUGUAGUGGAUCGAUGGAUUGCUACACAAAAGCAAGGAUGGAUAGAGGCCUUUCCAGAGAGGCGGUAGGUCCGAAAGAGACUCCAUCGAGUACGAUUUGCGUAGCUGCUUUGGUUGGCGUUUUGGUUCUUCUCUUUGCCCCCCACUAGUCUGCUUGGCAAACAGAAUUGUUUGCUUUUUAGAAGGAAUUGAUCCUUGUUCUGGUGCCCUUGCUGAUGUGGUUCUGACUGUGACGGUCAAGUUUCCCUUACGAAAGCUCCCACAUGCCGAACCGUUGUCCUGUUCUUCCUGCUUUUCUUCGUCAUCAAAACUAGACUGAUUGCUGUGUGGUCGGGGUGCUUCAGAACAUGAAUCAUAAAAGACUUCCCCAUCGAUCUGGGCUCUGGCUGGGUUUGGCUGUUUUUCAAGUUCUCUCCAGACCUGAUCCAUCCUGAAUUGCUGUGCUUGUAGGUGUUUUUGUUUUAAGUGAUCCUCUUCAUCAGCAGAACAGGAUGAAUCGCUCUCUUCUUGUUGCGUCUCAUCGACUGCAGUACUGCAAUCAUCGUCGUCAUGGGAUGCCUGGCUCUUGGACGCCAAGACGUCCAACGGCAGAGUGAUAAGGGUGUUCAGCAUGGCCGCAAUGGCCGAGAGCGACAGCCGUACCGCGGGAGACAUGGGCUUCUUUUGGUUGCCUUGAGUCCACCAACUGACAAUAAAAGAGUAGAGAUAGAAGUAACAGAAACUCGACGAUGCCGCAUGGAGGGUUUUGAUGGGAAGUCCGCGAAAAAAACUUGAUGAUCCCUUGUCCACCACUCCGGCUUGUAACUUGGUUUUCAGUACGUCAAUCGGAUAGAACGUCCAUAGUGAAACCAAUGUGGCAACGACCCCCGCCAAAGCAUCGGCAAGGGCCUUGCGCCGUCUUCGUUGCAACUCGGUAGAUUGUGGUUGUGACGACAUGGUCGAUUCGAAUGAUUCCUUCCAGAAAUUGCUCUUUACAACAGCGCUCCGACGAAACCCGUCUCUUCGUCCCAAUGGCUACCGUAUCUCUCUUGCCAGCAACAGACCAAGUGCUACCAUGCGGGACGACCAAUCAGCAGCAAACAGGUCAGCGCUGUGGCCUGGAAGUGAGUGUGUGAGUUUGCGUUGCGUGUUGCGUCGUGGCUGCAGGUUCGGGUGUUUUCUGUUCAAUUCCUGAACCCUAUUGUACC